CACAGCCAGUCUGUUUGUCAUAAUUGUCAUAAUUGUUUAUGGCUCAUAACUGUCCGGGCUUCGAGUUUACUGAGAGUAGGUGAUCGUGAUCAGACGCAGAUGGACACUGUGUUUUGCGCAGCUCACUUGCCUUCUGAACACCACACAGUUUCUCUUCCUUUGUCGUCUGGGUUUUGAAGUGUUCGCAGAUCUGGGUGUUGCUGACUAAACAAACGGAGAGUGGAGUAAGGCUGCUGUCAGACUGGAGAGCAGAGAGACGCAUCUAGGGUGCUGCGCUUGGAUACAGAAGAUCAACGCGGAUAAACGUGUUUGAGGAUGGAGGAGGAAGCGCCAGUCAAGUCGUCAGUAGCUCAGCUGGCUGGAAAACUCAAAGGUUAUGCGCUGCCAAUGCCAGGAAACUUGGAGGUGAUAUCUAUGAGAAGACCCCCAUGUUCUAUCAUGAUAAACGACCAAAAAGAUGAAGAACAUGAAGAGAAGUCGCCUGUCUGUCCUCAUCCUCCUAAGAUGAAGAUAAAGAGUUCACCCCUCAUUGAAAAACUACAGGCCAAUCUUGCCCUCUCUCCAACUGUCCUGCUCUCCCCACCCAAAAGUCCAGAGUCCAAACAGCCGCCCACUGCCUUCAGUCCCAUCAGCCCCUGCAGCUCCACCCUGCAGCCCACUCAGCUGUCAUGUGAAGAUGAGGCUCCAGUUAGCUUCGAGCAGCCGGUUGAGGGUACUCCACUGCUCAGCAUCAACAAGAGUCGAGCUAGGCUGUCUUUUAAGAGACGGCUGCCCACACGACAACACAGGAAGUCAGCAUGUGAGGAGACAAAAUGGAAUGAUGGAAACGAAUCUCCGUGUGAACCAGAUAGUCAACAGCAGAAUGGAGAGGAAAGGGAAUUGAUUGGUGGGCCUUCGCAGAAGGAUACAGAAGAUAAAAUAGACUCUGCUCAACCCACCAAUGGCCCACAACAGGAUAAAGACAGGACAGAGCACAGAGAUGUACCCCAAGAAAAUGAGCCGACCCAAGUAGUCCAUAUAGAAAAUAAAGCUGAAGGAACUGAAGGAGGAAAUGAACCUUCUGACUGUAAACAGGCCCAAAAAGAAGAGAAGGAGGAGACAGAAGAGCACAGGACAGAAGUGAAAGAGGACAAGGAAGUGCUGGAUGCAGAGAACAACCCAGAAUAGAAGUAAAAGGGUAAUGGCCAUCAAAUGUUUUUUUUUUUUUUUUGCCAAUAAGCAUUGAUUUAGCAACCUAGAAUAGUGAGAAGAUUAUUGCAGACAACAGUUGAAUUAUUGGAGUUUCUAACAAACUCUUAGGUCAACUAAUUUAAAACAGACUCCAUUAUAGAUAAAGAGGGACAAUGUUUGAAAGCCAGAAUUGAACCUCUUUUAAAACUGUGGAUUUAUGGACUUAACUUUGCUAGAGCAAAUAUUACACAAAGGGUUAUAUGUUAUCAACACACUCAUUUGUAACUAUUUUAUGUUUUGGA